CUGCGCCCUGGGCCGGAAGAGGGGCCGCUGCGCCGCGUGCUCGCGGCCGAUGCCGCCCAGGAGGACCGCGCUGAGGGCGCUGGCGGCGAGGGCCCUGCCGGCGGGGGCGCCCGCUCGUCCAGCAGCGCGGCGAGGCCGUCUCGGCAGGGCGGCGCGGCCGACGCCGCGCCGCCCGCGCAGACGGCCUACGCGGCCUUCCGGGAGGCGCUCCGCCAGCCCGCCCUGGAGCCGUUCGCGGCGCGUUUGCAGGACGGCUUCCCGGGCGGCCUCCGGAGGGAGGAGGCCGCCAAGCGCGUCCACCGCUUCCUGAGCGGCGCCUCGGCGCACCUGCUGUCCGAGAGCCCCGCGUUCGCCGCGGCCGCCGCCUCCGAGGAGGGCCGGGCGAGCGUCGUGGAGGGGCUGGAGAAGUUCCUGCUCACGAAGCUGCACGGGAAGGUCUUCGCCGGGGAGCCCGCGGACGCCGCGGAGGACGCGACGCUGCGCGAGCGCAUACGCGGCCUCUGCUGGUUGGACUGCGAGCACCUGGGCAUCCCGCCCGUGGACCCGGACCUGCUCGCAGAGGCCGCGGGGCAGCUGCGGGAGAUGGACAAUUACCGGGCGCCCCACGACAAGCUGGUGGUCCUGCUCAACGCCUGCCGCGUCAUAAACCACAUCCUGAAGAGGACGGUUGCGGAGAGGGCCCCAGAGGCGACGGGGCGGCCGCUCUCCGCGGACGACUUCCUGCCCGUGCUCAUCUACGCGGUGCUCGCCGCCAACCCGCCCCGGCUGCACUCCAACGUGGAGUUCGUCUCCGCCUUCAGGCACCCGUCGCGGCUCGUGGGGGAAGACGCCUACUUCCUCACGGCGCUCCAGUCCGCCGUGGCAUUCAUCCGCAGCGCUGGGCCGAAGGAGGUGGACCUGGAGCGGGAGGAGUUCGACAGGCGCUGCGCAGAGGCGCUGGCGUCGCGUGCCGACGCGUGCCCGGAGGGCCCCCAGGCCGCGACGGCCGCCGCGCGAGCCCUGGAGCUGGCGCCAGAGCAGGCGGCGAGGCUGCGCGCGAGGGCGGCGGCGGUGCCGCUGCGCUUCGAGGGCGUCGAGUGCGCGGCGCAGCUUCGGAUGGGUGACGUGCCGGUGUUGCUGGACGAGUACAGGCAGAUGGCCGCGCUGCUGCGAGACGUGGCCCGCGGCACGCUCGUCUGAGGCCCUCGGGGUCGAGCGGGAAGGGGAGGAUGAAGCAGACACGAAGGAGCGUGCGCAGCCUCGGGAUCAGACUGUGGGGCGAGCGCGAGAAAGCCGGUGCGGCCGAACGAGCAGGCAGGGAGCGCGGAGCAUCGCGCGCCGAGGCCCAGCCGCACGCCGACAUCGUCCUUGGGACCCCCGUGGAGCUCACUUCUCCCCCCCACCAUCCACCCGGCCGACCGCCCUCCGUUUCCCCCCCCCCCUCCGCGAGGGUCCGGCGGCUCCAGCCGCGCGCGCGGAGACGAGGAGCGGAGGUCGGCCGCGAGCUGCGAGCGACGGGGCAA